AUGGAUUGGAUUAUAUCUGAUGAGUUGGGUCUUACUGUGGGCCAUUUAGUUGGCUGGGGGGCUGCCUCUGCUAUGAUAGUAGGUGGUGUAGCCCCAUACAUACCUCAAUACAGACAAAUUAAAAAGACACAAGACGCUGAUGGGUUCUCGCUCUACGUUUGUUUAACGCUGUUAGUGGCAAAUACAUUACGUAUUUUGUUUUGGUUUGGCAAACGCUAUGAGUUACCAUUGUUAAUACAAAGUAUAGUAAUGAAUGCAACAAUGUUUGCGAUGAUCCAUCUGUGUGUUACAAUUAGAAAGAAGAAUCAAAUUAUAAGAGCCAGGGAGAGAAUAUUUACAGGUGCAAUAUUCAUGUUAUAUAUACUAUUAUGUUGUGUGAACGGAUCAGCUCAGCCAGAUGAAACGGCUAACUGGCUAGGACAGCAGAGCGGCUUCGUUGGUGGUGAGAAACCUCAUCGUUUCUAUGUUAUAAAACCUCAUGCAUCUUUCAUUGGGUUUAUAUUUUUUUGGUUCACACCGUAUAUGGACAAGAAAUAUUUCUGGGCGUGGACGGAUUUCCAAAGCUAUGUAGACUGUAUGCUAGUCUUCUCAGUGCUAGGAGCUGCUAUCACAUAUUUAUUGAUAGAGUUCUCUCCCUUCGUCGAGCUGAUUGGUUUCCUCGCUGUGUUCACCGAAGCCAUGCUCGGAGCUCCACAGAUAGCUAAGAAUCUCCAGAACAAAAGCACCGAAGGAAUGAGCGUGUGUAUGGUGAUCAUGUGGACGUUUGGCGAUCUCUUCAAGACUGCGUACUUCGUUAUACGGGAAGCGCCAACACAGUUCUGGGUUUGCGGCAGUCUUCAAGUCCUAUUGGACAUUGUUAUACUACUACAGGUGUGGAUGUACCGGCACAAUACAGCCGCGGCCAGACGCAUCCGUCGCGGCGACUAG